AUGCCUAUGAUUCAACAGCCCGCAAAUCAAAUCAAACUGACCAACGUUUCGCUGGUGAGAUACAAGAAGGGCAAAAAGCGCUUUGAACUCGCCUGUUACAAGAACAAGCUCCUGGAAUACCGGUCAGGCACAGAAACAGACCUUGACAACGUGUUGCAAAUCCCAACAAUUUUCCUUAACGCCUCCAAGGGCGAAACCGCCCCGAAUGCCGAACUGCUGAAGGCGUGGCCGCUUCCCGCGCAAGGAGAAGAAUCGUCACACGGAGGCAAAUCUGGUGGAAAAGGUGGGAAGAAAGGCAAGGGAAAGACCAACGACGAAGGCGAUGUGGAAAAGUCAUGGAAAGAUGGCAUCAUCGAAGAGAUCUUGAAGAAGGGCGAGAUCCAGGUGAAUGCCAACGAGCGGAAGGAGCUACUCGAAAGAAUGGAGAGAGAGAUCGUGGAAGAGGUUGCACAAAGGGUCGUCGACCCACAGACGAAAAGAGUCUAUACCCCAGGGAUGAUCAAGAAAGGACUCGACGUUCUCUCCAAACAAGGCGGACAUGCGCCGGCGCAGGACUCGCUUGGUCACAAACUAGGGAAAUUGAACCUGGGAGAGGGCAACAAGAAAGGAUCAGGGGCAACCAGCCGCUCAAAUGAUACUAGCGGUCAGGCUACUCCCAUGACAGAUGACGACAACGACUCGUCGGCAGCGAACGGCAAAGGGAAGAAGAGUGACAUGCCGACGUGGACGGGUGUGGUAACCACGAAAUCAGUCAAGCAACAGGCUCUCGAAGCGAUACGGGCACUGAUUGCGUGGCAACCUAUCCCAGUCAUGCGGGCCAGAAUGAGGCUACGCAUCACCUGCCCGACAAGCAUUGCGAAACAGGCUGCGAAGUCCAAAGUGACGAGCACAGACGACGGCGCAGACGGCGAGCAGGGAAAAGGAACCAUCAAAGAUAGGAUUUUGUCUUUCGUGGAACAGGUGGAGAGCCAGGACGUGCUGGGCGAGGAGUGGGAAGUUGUCGGCUUUGUCGAGCCGGGUGCGUUCAAGGCUCUGGGAGAAUUCUGUUCCGCCGAGACCAAGGGAAGAGGACGACUGGAGGUCCUGGAUAUGGCCGUCACUCACACUGAUGAUUGA